AUGACCAGCCCUGACGAGACGAGGAACAAAUUAUACGAGUACCUGCAUGCUCUCCUGGCGACUGUGUCGAAGGUGGAUAAGUUGGUUAUCCUUGGUGACUUCAACGUCCAUGUCUGCACAGACCGUGCUGCCUGGAGAGGAGUGCUGGGUCUUCAUGGUCUUGAAGGCUCCAACGAUAAUGGCCUACUCAUUCUACGAACCUGCGCAGAACACCGACUCAUCCUGACCCACAUCAUCCGCCCCCCUUCGCGAGAGAAGGCCACCUGGAUGCAUCCUCGGUUGCAAGACGGCCAGCGGGACGUUCUGGUGACAAAGGCGAUUCCGGGUACUGACGUGUGGACCGGCUAUCGUCUCGUCAUCUCCAAGAUGUGGAUUCGUCUACAGCCUUGCAGGAGACCUGAAGGUAAGCGACCUACAGGUAUGCUAAACAUUGCUUUGUUGUCGUUGCCUGCUCAUCAGCUCCAUUUCAGCAAUGAACUAGCUCGACGGCUAGCCAGCGUUCCAGUUGCAGUCGCCGCUGACGAGGAGAAUACCUCCGUGGAAAAGCGAUGGUCUCAACUGAGGGACAUGACCCAGUCAACCGCCCUGACUGUCCUCGGUCGCGCACGUUGCCAGCAUCAGGACUGGUUCGAUGACAACGACGCCGCCAUCGGCAACCUCCUCGCCGAGAACCGUCUGCACAGAGCCUACGUCGACCGCACCGCCAAUGACAACAAAACUGUUUUCUACCGUAGUCGUCGCCUUGUACAGCAGCGGCUGCGCGAGAUGCAGGACUCCUGGACGACUCGUAAGGCCGAGGAGAUCCAAAAGUACGCGGACCGCAACGAAUAG